UUAGGGCGCGGAGCAAGUGUAACUGCCAGUGGAACUUGCAAAAUAGCGAUCCGAUCAACUGUAUCAUUUAAUUUGUUAUUCUCUGUGGAACUUUUUAGUUCCUUAAAUUCUGAUUCUUCCUUCACACACAAUUGUUUUAAAUCGUGAAUUCUUUGGCUCUAUUCUGCAAUUUCCAUUUUUCCAGUUCCUUUCCUCAAAUUCAGUGCAGUCAACUUUCUGGCAGCAAUUUUAAACUUUUCUUUUUCCUUUUUAGUACUUAACUUCCUUCCCACAUUUUUAGAGCAAGUGGGGUGCUACAAUGAGCACUGAAAGUGCUGAAAAUGAUGCCAGUGUUGUUCUUGAAGAUGCUGUUGUUUCACUAACCAGUGGGAGUGUGAUGGGAGAUCUGGGUGAUGUUUGCGGCAGAAUGCUCACAAGGCUUGAUUUGGACGUGGCUGGUUUCUCUGAAAAAGUUUCCAACUUGACCUAUUUUGUGAUGUAUGUGGAAACUAUGGAGUGUGAGAUUGAGGCCUUGGUUUUGGAAAAGGAGAAGGAUCACAUUGAUUGCUUGGAAAAAGGUUUGCAGUUUGAUCUGUUGUCUGUGCUGUUGGAUUCAGAGGCGAGAGAGUUGAGGGAAGUCUUGAACACCCUUCAAGGGUGGGUUGGUGAGGCUAGAGAGUGUGUACUUUCUUACACUCAUUUGGGCGAGGCUUCUGUUGCAAUGCAAGAUAAGUUGGUUGAUUAUGAACAACAGUUGAAUCAGUCUGAAGAGGAGUUGAAUGACAUCAAGAUAAAGUCAGCUGGUUUCCAGAGGAGUUUCUCUACUUUUAAGAAGGCAGAAAUUGGCGAAAUCAUAAGAGAGGAUGAUAAAUCUUUGAAUGCAAAAGCAGAGAUAAAACUGCAAACAGUUGAGCAACAAAGAAAUAUUCUUAGAAUGCUGGAGAAAUCAUUGGCAAAAGAACUGGAUCUUGAGAAGGAUUUACUUGAUUCAAGAGAAAUUGAAGAAACUCUAAAACAAAGGAUGUUCUUUACAGAACAAGAGCUUGUUAACAUGGAGGAAGAAGCAAUUGAUGUUUGGGAAAGAUGGCUUGAGGCAGAGAAUGCAAGUGAGGUUCUGUUGGGAAUUUCAAGAGGCCUUUUAGGUAGACUCCACAUUUCUCAGUUCAAUUUGAGAGGUCUUAGUCAUCGUGAAUCUGAGCUUCGAGCUAAUCUGAAAGAUGCUGAAGAUAAACUAACCCUUGCCAAUUCUGAGGUCUUCUCUUUAAGUGACAAGGUGUAUUCACUUGAAAAGAAGCUAAAAGAAUCUGAUGUUCAGUUACUGAAUGCAAAGGCCUCCAGUGAUGAAUAUCAGAAGCAGUACAAUAUUUUGUGUUCUGAAGCAAGAGACAUGAGGAGUAUCAUUGUUGAGCUGAAAGAAUCUGUAUCUAAUGCAGAAAGUAGGGCUAACAGUGCAGAAACAAAGUAUAACAUACUGACAGAGACAAAUUUAAAACUUAAUGAGGAGUUGGAUCUUUUGAGAGGCACAUCUGCAAGAGCAGAUUUGCUAGAGAGGCAGUUGAAAGAAUCUGCUGUACGAUUUCAGAAUACGGUAGCAUCUGCUAAAGCUAGUCAGGAGAAGCAAAGUAAGUUGUAUUCCACAAUUAGAGAUAAGGAAAACGUGAUAAAGGAUCUUAAGUCAAAGGUUUUGAAAGCUGAGAGUAGGGCUGACAGUGCAGAGGACAAUUGUAUCAUAUUGUCUGAAUCCAACGCUGAGUUGAAUGAGGAACUCAGCUUUUUGCGGAAUAGAUUGGAAAGCGUGGAGGAAUCCCUUCACCGCGAGGAAGAAAUGAAAAUGGAAACUGCAAAGGGCAUUGGAAAGCAGGCCAAAGUAUUCAAAAAAUUGAUUACACAACUGGCUGUUGAGAGAGAGCGUCUUAAGCAGCAGAUAUCAUCCCUAGCUAGUGAGAACAAAAUUUUGGUAGUGAAAUUAAAGCAGGCAAGUUGAGGAUCCUUAUUUAAGAAGCCAGUGAGACUUCAGCCACUGGCUAUGAGGGUGACAGGAGUCUCAGGACUUCAGAAACAAAUCUGCAGCUGCUAAUGAAGUCAAACCCACUGAUUCAGUACCAAAAGUUAGGAGUGUGAGGAGAACUGAUGCAGGAAUUCUUGAUUUUUCAUGUCAAUUCAUGUUUUACUGGUUCCUCCUCAUGAAGUUGUUGUGUCUAUGUAUCAAUAGUUAACAUGAUUUUUUUUAGUUUCUGUUUAUUUACCUUUUUGUUGUUGUAUUAAUUCAUAGAAGGUAACUUAAUACAAAGCACAUUGGAGUAGUCAAACUUUGUUGUUGAAUUCAAUGAAGAAUAAUUUUGAACGAA